AUGCUUAUCAUUUGGCUGAUUUUUUCAUGGGUCGUUCUGUGCUUCGCUCAGACAGUAUACGUGCCCUAUAAUCAUUGCGCUGACUACUCUAGGUACGAGCUGCUGGACGAUGGUCGUACUUAUUUGGGUAUUUUCACACAUCCUUCGGGGCAAAAUCCUUUUAAUAAGUGGUCCGCAACAUUCGAUAUUCGUGGACAUCGCGAGAUCUUUGUGAGUCACCUGAUGCCGUAUCGCGAAAACAUUUCAAAUGGCCAGCGCGGACAGGUUUUUGUUUACUUUGUGAAUAUCAGAACAGAACUGCCCAUACUAACCGUUCUGAAACUGAACAAACAGACGCUGUGCAACGGUACUGGAUACGAAAGCCCCUCUACCAAAAUUACUACACACUAUACAAUGGAGCUAUCGAGAAGCAAACAUAACUGA